CUCCACAUUGAAAACCUUCUGAACUCCAUUUAAAAAAAGGAAAAGGAAAAGAAAGCAACCAUGCCUUUGAAAGGAGAAUUAGUAUCUUGAAAGACACACUAAUAUGUGGAAUUGAAUUGUAAGAUGACUGGAAUCAUGAGAAGAUAUGAAUAAGUGUUAUUGAUAAAGAAAAUGAAAAACCAAGGCAAGCAUUAAUGUCAAGAAAAUAAGUGUAGGAGCAUAAUUAUUACACAACAAUUUCCUAACACAUUGCAAGUGAAAAGAGCCAUAAAAGCCUUCAAAUGUAACCCAGCUUACAAAGGACUCAGUUGAUGUCUGAGACUAAGAUACAUUUUAAAAAUCAGUAGAAGAGGUGUGACUAAAAACCAGAGAAGGUGAGAAAAAGGCAGGCUCAUUGUAUUUUAUACCUUUUUGUGUUCCUGAGGGCAGGGUUCCUUAAGAUUAAGGUUACAUUUUAUUUGGUGGGGGACAUGGAUUUUAAAACUGUCAAUAACCUAGAGUUCUUACAAGUCUCAUAACAAGUAGAAGGUAGAUAGGAUAUGAGACAUUGCUGACAAUAUUAGGAAAACAUAAAUAAUGCUAACAAAUGUGAAAACUAGAAAAUAGCUUUUAUUAAAUAAAAGGUUCUAAAGGAAUUUUGAACAGACUUAUAGCCCAGGAAAUAAUGGACAGGAUAAAGACCUACAACUAAUGAAUGCACUGGGCUUGGGAAAUUUAAACGGCUAAUUGUAACUAAGCAUGUAGAAGGAAACAAUAAAUCUUCAUCUGUUCUGUCCUGUAAAAGAAGAUGGAAAGCUUCCUUGCCAUCUUAUGAGGUCAGGAUGACAACUGACUACACAAACCACUUAAGUUAAACAAUAUAAACAUAAAGGGACACUUAAAAGCAGGUUGAUUCAUUAACUCUACGUGUGCAUCAAAAUUAAUUCAUCAUGGAUAAAUAUAAUUUAUAUUAAGGACUCAAGAAUUUAAAAGCUAAAUAACAUAUGUAAAAUUUAAUCAAAUGUUAAAAAAACAUUUUUUGUGAAGGAAUGAAAGCAUCCUCGAUGAAAAAAUCAUAAAGAUGCAUUAUAAAAGCAACUCCACAGAUACAAGUCUGACCUAGGUUCUACUGGCAAUACUAGAGCGCUUGCUGGGUAUUGGAGAUCUUGGCCAUUAAUAGCAAUACAAUACUUAGGGCAGUUUAAGUGUAAAAAUUAUGGAGCAUAAAGUAUUAUAGAAGAGUGAAGACUUUGAAAGUGGAAGAAUCGUCCAAUUCACAAGAGAUUGAAGAAAAAAAAACCCUAGUUCUGUAUUAUUGCUAAUUAGCUUAGAAAUAACACAAUAUUUGACUUCUUGGUGGAGGCUUAAUUCUAUAUUUUAGAAUUUACUCUCAACUUUUGAAACAAGAGGUUUUUCUUAGAUUUUGGUAGGGAGUGCGAGUUAAAUGUAAACCCUGGUGAGGAGUACUUUUAAUCCAAAAUAAUUUUUCGUUCUAUUCUUGAGAAAGAGAAUAGCACUCACAAAACGCAAGGUGGCGCUGCAGGCUAAAAAGAGGAAAGGGACAGACCGGGAACGGGGAGGGAUGCACAAAGGACUAGACUUCCGAUAAAGCCAUAGGAAAUGAUAUAGCUAACGGUAGCAAGCCCUGGGAGAAGGCACCUCUGUCUUUUCACAGGAAUUGCUAGUAUCCAGGUCAUUCCUAAGGAUUCUAGCUGCAGGCAUUCCAGGGAGCUGCCUGAAGCUAACUGGAAGGAAUUUGGGGUUUUAUUUUGAAAGUCUUGGAAAGAAUGGAGACCAAAUUGGAGCAAGCCGUGCAGAAAAGGCAAGUACUGUUUCUUUGUGUAUUUCUGGGAGCGUCUUGGGCUAGCGCCGAACAGCUUCAGUAUUCUGUGGCAGAGGAAACCGAGAGAGGCACUUUUCUAGCCAAUCUAGCAAAGGAUUUGGGGUUGGGGCUGGGGGAACUGUCAGCCCGGGAAGCUAGAAUUGUUUCAGAUCAGAACACACGGUUUUUACUGUUCAGUCCGCUGACUGGAGAAUUAAUUCUAAAUGAGAAGCUGGACCGAGAGGAACUGUGCGGCCCCACAGAAUCCUGUGUGCUGCCCUUCCAGUUGCUGUUGGAAAAACCAUUUCAGAUAUAUCGUGCUGCAUUAAAUGUCAAAGACAUAAAUGAUAAUUCUCCAGUAUUUCUAGACAAAGAAAUACCCUUGAAAAUAUCAGAAAGUACCACUCCAGGGGCGACGUUUCUCUUGGAGAGGGCACAGGAUUCCGAUGUGGGAACGAACAGCCUGAGUAACUACACCAUCAGCCCCAAUGAUUAUUUCCACAUUCACGUUCAUGACGGAGGGGAAGGGACUAUAUUUCCUGAGCUGGUACUGGAUAAAAUGCUGGACCGGGAAGAAAUACCAGAAUUCACUUUAACUCUCACAGCCUUAGAUGGUGGCUCUCCACCCAGAUCUGGGACAGCCUUGGUGCAAAUUUUGGUGUUGGACAUAAAUGACAACUCCCCUCAAUUCGUGCAGUCACUUUACAAAGUUCAGUCACCUGAAAACACCCCUGUUGGCUCCUUGGUUGUCGCUGUGUCUGCCAGGGACUUAGACACAGGAAGUUACGGACAAAUAGCCUACACAUUUUUUUAUGCCACUGAAAGAAUUCUCCAAACGUUUCAAAUCAAUUCUACAUCUGGCGAACUUUAUCUUAAACGCGAACUCAACUAUGAAGCAAUUCAAACUUACUCGAUAACUAUUCAGGCCAGAGAUGGUGGUGGGCUUUCGGGGAAGUGUACUGUGGUUGUAGAGGUAAUGGACGUGAAUGAUAACCCACCUGAGUUUCUCUUGUCCUCACUUAAUAGCCCAAUUCCCGAAAAUUCACCAGAGACAGUUGUUGCUGUUUUUAGAAUUAGAGACAGAGAUUCAGGGAACAAUGGGAAAACCAUGUGCUCCAUUGCAAAUGAUCUCCCUUUCGUCCUGAAGCCAUCUGUGGAAAAUUUCUAUACUCUAGUGACAGAGAAGCCUUUAGAUAGAGAAUCAAACACUGAAUACAACAUCACAAUAUCGGUCACCGACCUGGGCACACCCAGGCUCACAACCCAGCACAUUAUAACAGUGCAUGUCUCUGACAUCAACGACAAUGCCCCCGCCUUCGCCCAAACCUCCUACACCAUGUUCGUCCGCGAGAACAACAGUCCCGCCCUGCACAUAGGCACCAUCAGUGCCACAGACUCAGACUCAGGCUCCAAUGCCCACAUCACCUACUCGCUGCUGCCACCCCAGGACCACCAGCUGGUCCUCAACUCGCUCAUCUCCAUCAACGCUGACAAUGGACAGCUGUUCGCGCUCAGGGCACUGGACUACGAGGCCCUGCAGACCUUCGAGUUCCACGUGGGCGCCACAGAUGGAGGCUCACCAGCGCUCAGCAGCCAGGUUCUGGUGCGCGUGGUGGUGCUGGAUGACAAUGACAAUGAGCCCUUCGUGCUCUACCCAAUGCAGAACGCCUCUGCUCCCUGCACAGAGCUGCUGCCCAGGGCAGCAGAGCCGGGAUACCUGGUCACCAAGGUGGUGGCAGUGGACCGCGAUUCUGGCCAGAAUGCCUGGCUGUCAUUUCAGUUGCUUAAGGCCACGGAGCCCGGGUUGUUUAGCGUGUGGGCACACAAUGGCGAGGUGCGCACCACCAGGCUGCUGAGCGAACGUGAUGCGCUCAAGCACAAGCUGCUGCUGCUGGUCAAGGACAAUGGAGAGCCUCCGCGCUCUGCCAGUGUCACAUUGCACGUGUUGCUGGUCGAUGGCUUCUCUCAGCCCUUCCUGACUCUGCCAGAGGUGGCGCACGACCCGGCACAAGAAGAUGAUGAGCUAACACUGUACCUGGUCAUUGCCUUGGCGUCUGUGUCUUCUCUCUUCCUGGUGUCUGUGCUGCUGUUCGUUGGAGUGAGACUCUGCAGGAGGGCCAGGGCGGCCUCUCCAGGCGUCUGCUUUGUGCCUGAGGAACACUUUCCUGGCCACCUGGUGGAUGUCAGCGGUGCAGGGACCCUGUCCCAGAACUACCAGUAUGAGGUGUGUCUGGCUGGAGGAUCAGGGAUAACCAGUGAAUUUAAGUUCCUAAGUCCAAUUGCCCCUAACUUCCUAACUGAAAGCACAGGGAGAGAAGACGCUGUACCACCAAGAACAAUGGAGGCCAGCAGGAAGCUCAUUUGCAGUCAAAGGCAAGUCCUUUUUUCCUUUCUCCUAUUAGGCUUCUCUCUAACGACUGCAGGGGAACUGAGGCGCUAUUCUGUGGUGGAGGAAAAGGAGGGUAGAUCCUUUGUAACCAAUUUAGUAAAAGACCUAGGUCUUGGGCAGCUGGAACUCUCCAGGAGGGGAGCUAAGGUCAUUUCUAAAGGUAACAAACUACAUUUUCAGCUGGAUCAGGAGACAGGGGAUUUGUUGUUAAAUGAGAAAGUGGACAGGGAAGAACUGUGUGGGCACACAGAGCCAUGCUUGCUAAGCUUCCAAGUGUUGCUAGACAAUCCCUUGGAUAUUUUUCAAGCUGAGUUAGAAGUCACAGACAUAAAUGACCACUCUCCAGAAUUCCUGGACAAAGAAAUCAUGCUAAAGAUAUCAGAAAGCAGUCUUCCUGGAGCUACAUUUCCUCUGAAGAAUGCUCAGGACAUGGAUGUAGGCCAAAAUGGUAUUGACAACUAUCUGGUCAGUUCCAAUUCCUAUUUUCAUGUGCUCACACAGAAACGCAGUGAUGGCAAGAAAUAUCCUGAACUGGUACUAGACAGAGCACUGGAUAGAGAGGAGGAAGCCGAGAUCAGGUUAACCCUCACAGCGCAGGAUGGUGGCUCUCCACCUAGGUCUGGAGCCACUGAAGUCCACAUUGAAGUCCUGGACAUCAAUGAUAAUGCCCCUCAAUUUGAGCAGCUUUUUUACAGAGUGCAAAUCCCUGAGGAUAGUCCGAUAGGCUUUCUGAUCGUCACUGUCUCUGCGACAGACAAGGACAUUGGAGUCAACGGAGAGAUCUCCUAUUCACUUUUCCAGGUUUCAGAUGAUAUUAGCAAAACAUUUUCAAUCCACCCCUUGACAGGGGAAGUGCGAUUGAAAGAACACCUUGAUUUUGAAAAGACUCAGUCCUAUGAAUUCAAUAUUGAAGCAAGAGACGCUGGGACCUUUUCUGGAAAAUGCACGAUUCUGAUCCAAGUCAUGGACGUGAAUGACCAUGCUCCAGAGAUUAUCCUGUCUGCAUUUACCAACUCCAUCCUUGAGAAUUUACCAGAAACUAUGGUUGCAGUUUUUAGCGUUUCUGAUCUAGAUUCAGGAGAAAAUGGGAAAAUAAGUUGUUCCAUUCAGGACGAUCUACCCUUCUUCCUAAAGCCUUCUGGGGAAAACUUUUAUACGCUAUUAUCACAAAAACCACUGGACAGAGAGACUACAGCAGAAUACAACAUCACCAUUACUGUCGCAGACAUGGGGAGUCCCAUCCUGAAAACACAAGUCAACUUAACAGUGCAGGUCUCUGACAUCAACGACAACGCCCCCAUCUUCACCCAAACCUCCUAUACCAUGUUCGUCCGCGAGAACAAUAGCCCUGCCCUGCACAUAGGCACCAUCAGUGCCACAGACUCAGACUCAGGCUCCAAUGCCCACAUCACCUACUCGCUGCUGCUGCCACACGACCACCAGCUGGCCCUCAACUCUCUCAUCUCCAUCAAUGCUGACAAUGGGCAGCUGUUUGCACUCAGGGCUUUGGACUAUGAGGCACUGCAGGCCUUCGAGUUCCAUGUUGGCGCCACAGACCAAGGCUCACCCGCGCUCAGCAGCCAAGCUCUGGUGCACGUGGUGGUGCUGGACGACAAUGACAAUAAGCCCUUCGUGCUCUACCCAAUGCAGAACGCCUCUGCUCCCUACACUGAGCUGUUGCCCAGGGCAGCAGAGCCCGGAUACUUGGUCACCAAGGUGGUGGCUGUGGACCGCGAUUCUGGUCAGAAUGCCUGGCUGUCAUUCCAGCUGCUCAAGGCUACGGAGCCAGGGCUGUUCACCGUGUGGGCUCACAAUGGCGAGGUACGCACCACUAGACUGCUGAGCGAACGUGAUGCACCCAAGCACAGGCUAUUGCUUCUGGUCAAGGACAAUGGAGAGCCUCCACGCUCUGCCAGUGUCACAUUACAGGUGCUGGUGGUGGAUGGCUUCUCUCAGCCCUACCUGCCUUUGCCAGAGGUGGCGCGCGAUUCUGAGCAUGAGGACAGUGAGCUCACAUUGUACCUGGUCAUAGCCUUGGCUACUGUAUCUUCUCUCUUCCUGGUGUCUGUGCUGCUGUUUGUGGGGUUGAGGCUGUGCAGGAGGGGCAGGGAGGUCUCUCUGGGUGGCUGCUCUGUGCCCGAGGGACACUUUCCUGGCCACCUGGUAGAUGUCAGUGGCGCGGGGACCCUGUCUCAGAGCUACCAAUAUGAGGUGUGUCUUACCGGAGACUCUGGGACUGGUGAGUUCAAAUAUCUGAAACCAAUUUUAGCUAAUUUUCAAGACCAUUCUCUUAGACCAGAAAUGGGAGAAAAUCCCAACUCUAGGAAUGACUGGGGUUUUGGUAUUCAGUUAAAAUAACUGCUUUUCAUUAUGUGUAAUGGUUUUUGUCAGAAACUCAAACUACUUUUUGUGCUGUGCCCAUCUUGAACAUUUAAAUCAUGCUAUUCUCUUCGUGGUUGUAGAAAAGUAUCUCAGCCUUUUUCAGACUGGAAAAUUAAAUGUUCUAAUCUUGUUUUUCUAAUUUGUCACUAGUUACAUAAAUCUUUGUUCUGGGAUGGCUUGGAAGUGUACAAGAGAAAAAAAUGGGAAAUCAAUUCAGCCCAAUCAGAUGGAAUUCAGUAUGUGUUCUCUCACUCUUGUUAACCACUGAACACACACCACAUAGAUUUGUUCAAACACAAUGAGGUCUAAUCAUAUGGGAGAAAGAGGGGUGUGCUGAGGGGUCUGCCUUUUGCUUUGUUUGGCCUCUACUGGACUGUCUUUGUUGAUGCUUUCUCUUAAAAACCUUACAUAGCUGCAUGGCUCCUCAUUAGCCUGAUCUUAGUUUUCAUAUCACUAUUUUAAACUGCUUUCUAUUCUGUUUGUUUCCUUGCUUGCUUGCUUGCUUGCUUGCUUGCUUGCUUGCUUUUUGGUUGGUGUUGAGGUUUCAGAAAGCUGUCCCUUAUUUAUCUGUUAAGUUGAAAGCAUGAUGGUAACACUGAGUUUUCACAUCUUUUAAAUAUUUGCCAGUCAGAGAAACUGCAUCAGCCAAUGUUUACUUUUUCCUUCUUUGUUGUCAUUCCACAUUUCUCUCUUGCCAGUCCUUUGCUUAGUUAAAAGAAUACAUUUUCAUUGUCUUUUUUGGCAAAUAGAGCAGGGCAUGUGGCUAGCUUAGAGUGCGAUGUAAAAUGUGGUACCUUCCACAGCUCUUCAGUUGAGGAUAAACUCCGGGGACCUAUGCAUGCCAAGUAAGGACUGUAUCUCUGAUCUAUCACUGUAAACAUCCACGAACACUUGCAAAGGGAGAUGUCUCACCUGGAAAGGGAUUUCACCUUUGUUUAUGCUAUGUUCUCCCUGGGACGUUCCUGGUAUGAUGCGUGCACAAAUACCCAUGCUGGUUCUGUGAUGGGAGUGAUGGAAUGAUCGUAACUGAGAUGGUCCCUGGCAACUCAGGAGUUCUCAUAUUGUUCCCUGGGUUGCCAAUUUCUAAGCCUUUUUUAAAAAUUAGAAAUAAAGGAAGUCCUAUGUCAUUAUUUUAGCUUUUAUGCUAUGGUCAGUUCUUAUGCUAUGGAUUCUAUUUGUGUGUUGGGUAUGUGUGCCUGUUGGUGCAUGUGUGCUUGCAGAUGCCCUUGCGCUUCUGUAUGUUGAGGUCAGAAGUUGGUGUCUACCUUCAUUGCUCAAUUAUCUAGACUAGUCGGAGAGUUCUGUGGAAACAUUGACUAACUGUUCAUGAUUCUGGGCAACAAAAGGAAAAGUCUGAGAUACAAUCCUAGUUACCUGAUUCUAUUGACCCAAUUCUUAGUAAUAUGCUAUACUGACAGGCAUAUACAGUAGCAUUAUUUUCCUGUGAAAUCUGUUUGUCCCGUUCCAUGAAUAAAAUGACCAUGUGUAAAUGUAAUCUUUAGCUCAUAGUUUAUAUUUAUUUCUAUAGCAGUGACCACACUUCUUAGAAAAUAACCCGAAAUGCUCACAAAAUCAAUGACCUAAGUAAAAUUGGAUA